AUACUAUGGUAACAUUAAUAUUUGCGGGACAUGUUGUACCGUACCCGGAAACAAGGGGAGAGUGAGCACUCCUGUAUGCGCUCUACGCAAGGAACAGAACUUCGGGACUAAAGGUUCCGCCUUACCGAUAGUCGGACUUAUUUUGUUGAAGGAUUGGUAUGAAAAAACCCUAACGUGCUUCCAUGCUUUUUAAAGAGAGCAUGAAAGUUAAAAUUCAAGCCAUUUAAACAUAAGAAGUCACCGUUCAGGCACCGAAGAUAUGGCUUCACGGAGCUAUGGCGCUUGUGUUCUCUGUCAGAGGGCGGUAGUCGUGAAGAUGAUGUGCAGGGGAAUGAGUGCAGCUUCACAGCUGCAGUCCCAGGUAGAUUUCCUAAAAGGAGAACCACAUAGAAAGCACCCAGGUGUGACCAACCUGAAAACUCUGCGCCUACCUGACGAACUCCAGACGGCUGCACGCUCGAUUAUUCACAGAGCUCAGGUGCCUCGGCUGCCGGAUCGCUCUCGUAGCCUCACAAACUUCCUGUGGAGCAGAAAACAAGCCGUCGAGACUUUGACUCUGAGGCAGAAAGCUGUGAGCCUGGAGAAAGAACUUUGGGAGAAAGCGAUGGAGAAGAGAGGAGAUAUAGAUGAACAAUUGCUGGAAGACCGCAUCAGGAAAAAAGUGUUUUCAGAGCUCAGAAGAACCACAUAUCACUGGACUCCCAUGAAGUAUGAUGAAGAGUUAGGUGUGGUGUACAUGGCGGCUCGGCUGGCUGGGGGCUAUGCAGCAGUGAGGAGAGCUAUGAAUGAGAUAAAGAAGAGGGAUCUCUCUUUUGCCCCGCAGUCUCUCCUGGAUUUUGGAUCAGGGCUGGGAACAGUUGUCUGGGCGUCACACUCGUGCUGGGGCGACACUUUGAAGGAGAUGGUGUGUGUGGACAGCUCCGGGCCCAUGAACAUUCUGGCAGAACGACUUCUCAAAGGUGAUGACGAAAGAGCUGAACCUCACAUCAAACAAGUCUAUUUCAGGCAGUUCCUCCCUGUCUCUCCUAAGGUGCAGUUUGACUUGGUGGUAGCAGCCUUCACCCUGUCGGAGCUUCUGAAUGUGAAAGAGCGAGAAGAGGCGGUGUUAACCCUGUGGAGAAAGACAAACUCGUACCUGGUGCUGGUGGAAAAUGGGACUAAAGAUGGCCAUCAGAUGCUUAUGGAUGCCAGAGACACUUUAUUAAAGAAACAAGAGAAGACUGUCUAUGACACCAGACCAGCGUCAGUGUUUGCACCGUGUCCUCAUGAACUGCCGUGUCCUAAACUGGCCCAUGAACCCACCACACCCUGCAACUUCCAGCAGAUGUACCAAUCUCUGCCUCUGCCCGGGCACAACGACCGGCAGACGGAGAAGUUCAGCUACCUGAUUGUGACUCGGACAGAACCAGCGCAGGCAGAAACGGAAGGUGUGGACUGGGCCAGGCUGAUCGCACCGGUGCAGUGCAGAACAAGACACGUCCACUGUCGAAUGUGCUGCCCUGAUGGACAACUACAACACCUGGUGGUGACAGCACGGAAACACAGCAGAGAUGAGUACCGCUGUGCCCGGAGCAGCGACUGGGGAGAUCAACUGCCAAUGAUUCGAAGAGUGGAAGACGGCGUCCAGAGUGAUUCAGAGUGAUGAUUCAGAGAGGAAGAGACACAUUCUUUAGACUUUUGAAACAGCCUAAAACUGAGAUAAGACUGCUGACCAAGGACUAAUAAUUAUUUAAUUCACCAGAACAUCUGCAUUUCCUUACUGUAAAUGUUAAAAUACUGACCUAUGUGGCAAUCUGAAUAAAAAAAGUCAUAACAGAA